AUGUCGUCGUCUGGAUCGUCGCCAGAAGAGAAGAUGGACAGCCGCUAUAGCACCCCAGCUCCGGAGCUGGACGACCACCGAAGCACUUUGGGGGUUCCCCCCGCGCAUGUUACUCUAACUGUGCCCGCGGUCGAGCUACAAGUUCCCACGCCGAAACCAAGCCCUCUGGAGGAGCGAGACUUGAUCUCCGUGGACAACGCGUUACUGAAGACACGGGAGCAAGAGAGGCACCCAAUCGCCCGCGACUUUGAGAAUGCCAUCGAAGACGACGACAAAAGCGAUGCGGAAUUUGACGGACCCCAAAGCAGUGUCAGACGACCGUCACUUCAUGCCAGGAGAUUCACGAAUAAUCGCGAUGGCCGUACCCGUCUUCCCCGAAAUGAUCGUUCACGAGAGAGCUCAUCCUCCCGGUCGACUUCCCCUGCCAACUCGAUUGAAGCAUUCGCCGAGCCCCGUCGCCGACAACGCGCCAACACUGCCGAAAGUCAUGCGUCCUCCCUCCUAGAGACUUUCCGAAAUCGCGCCUAUUCGAAUGGCACCGCCCAACGACGUCCGACGCUGAGUAAUAUCAGCAUUCCUCCUGCUCUUACCCAACGCACAGACAAGGACGCCAGCGAGGAUGUGACCUUCCCUACCGACGAGGAGCCCGGGAAGACCUACAAGAUCGAUUUCGAGGAGCUCGAGGAAUUUGUCGCCCUCUGUGCACAGGGCAAAAUUCCGGAUGAUCAGAUUACUGAAGUCUCAAGUGACAACCGGGCCUUUGUGGACCUUCGGAAAACCAACACUGGAGAACCCAAUGUCGUUCUCAAUGGGGAAUCCUUUUAUGAGAAGCCCAUAGUACAGCACGAUUCAAACCACGAUCAGGUUUUCUCGUCCGAAGAGGAGGUCACAAUCCAACGAAAUCAUGUGGCACCACAGCCCGUGGACAGAUUCUUCCUAUUUACGUCUGAACUCACCCAAGGCCAACGUGCUAAGAAGCUAGGCGAUUUCGUCGCCGAUGGCACCACCACGUUCCGUGAUCUGUUUGAAUUUGGACCUGAUGGCGGCGUAUGGUGGCUUGACGUCCUCAACCCCACCAAAGCCGAGCUUGCUGUCCUCUGCAGGGCCUUCAAGAUCCAUCGCCUCACGCAAGAGGAUAUUGAGACACAAGAGGCUCGUGAAAAAGUCGAGUUGUUCUCUCAAUAUUACUUUGUCUGCUUCAGGUCGUUCAACAUGGACAAAGGCGACGAAGACUUUCUCGAUCCAAUCCACAUCUAUAUUGUCGUCUGUGCUGAUGGGGUGUUGAGCUUCAGCUACAGUCCUAAUCCACACCCGAAGAAUGUGCGCAAGCGUAUCGCGAAGCUUGGUGACUUCCUCUCCCUCGGACCUGAUUACAUCUGUUACGCCAUGAUCGACGAUAUCGUCGAUUCUUUUGCGCCUAUCAUCCGUGACGCAGAGCAAGAAUCGGAGAAUAUUGAGGACCAGGUGUUUAUUGCGCGCGAAGACGACUUCUUAGCCCUGCUGAGGCAGAUUGGCGAAUGCCGCAAGCGCGUUCUUAACAUGAUGAGGCUUUUGGGCGGCAAAGCGGACGUCAUCAAAGGCUUCGCGAAGCGCUGCAACGACCAGUACCAGAUGACGCCUCGCGGCGACAUUGGACUGUACCUGGGCGAUAUUCAGGAUCACGUCGUGACAAUGAUGUCGAAUCUGGGCCAUGUGGAGAAGAUGCUCUCUCGGUCCCACGCAAACUAUCUGGCCCAGCUCAAUGUCGACAACAUCUUGAAGGGUAACCACACCAACAAAAACCUGGCAAAGAUUACGGUCUUGGCCACCAUUCUCGUGCCCCUGAACUUGAUCACUGGUCUGUUCGGUAUGAACGUCAAUGUCCCCGGCAUGAAUACCGACGGCUUGUACUGGUUCUUUGGUAUCCUUGGAGGGAUUGGAGUGUUUGUCGUGAUGAGCUUGUGCCUUGCAAGACGGUUGAGAGCCAUCUAG